UCCAGGAGGAGGAGGAGGAGGUCCCGCUCAAAAAAGAGAAAACGCAUUUCACCGUCCGGCUGACAGAGCUGAAACCUGCUGACAAGGUGAAGCUGAUCAAGGAGGUGAAGAACUUUGUGCCAGGAGUGAACCUCGUGCAGGCAAAGAAGCUGGUGGAGUCCCUUCCGCAGGAGAUCAAAGCUAACGCCUCCAAGGAGGAAGCAGAGAAGAUCAAAGCGGCGCUGGAGGCAGCAGGAGGGACUGUGGUUCUGGAGUAG